AGGCCCAUGUCACGUGACCGCCGCUACUUGCCAAUGCUGGGCGCUCUGGAUCAGAUUUCAACUCCAGGCAGUCCUGCCAGCCAUGUGGGUUCGGCCGAAUGAGAAGCAAAACCACACUUCCGAAAAAUGUUAGGAGCUGCUCUUCGCUUGCUGGGAGGCCUCUGGAUCAGGAGCUGUUUUUCAAAUGAGAGCCUAUCUACUGAAUGGAACUGUAGUAUUUCGCUGUCAUUUUGAUGUUUUCAUCUGGUCUUCAUCACUUCUGCCAGGCACUUCCUGCGAGAAUGGGGGCAGGCGCGCUCGCCAUCUGUGAGAGGAACAUGGACCUAGAGGAGGAUGAAACUCUUACCAGUUCUGUGACUUCUGCCAAAUUACUUAAAUCUGAUCUUUGUUUCCUCAGUACCAAACUGGAGCAAAGUAAAGCAGCGGUUCGGCUGAAAGAAGACAUGAAAAAGAUAGUGGCAGUGCCACUGAAUGAGCAGAGGAGUUCGACCUAUAAGAAGUUAUUUGGAGUCAGCCUCCAAGACCUCCAGCAGCAGGGGCUCACGGAGAACGGCGUUCCAGCUGUAGUGGGGACCAUAGUGGAGUACUUGGUGAAGCAUGGACUCACCCAGGAAGGCCUUUUUAGGGUGAAUGGCAACGUGAAGGUGGUGGAACAGCUCCGAUGGAAGUUCGAGAGUGGAGCCCCCGUGGAGCUUGGGAAAGACGGGGACGUCUGCUCAGCAGCCAGUCUGUUGAAGCUUUUCCUGAGGGAGCUGCCAGAGAGCGUGGUCACCUCGGCGUUGCACCCUCGAUUCGUUCAGCUCUUUCAGGAUGACAGAAAUGAUGCUCAGGAGAGUAGCUUAAGAGACUUAAUAAAAGAGCUGCCAGACACCCACUACUGCCUCCUCAAGUACCUAUGCCAGUUCUUGACAAAAGUAGCCAAGCACCAUGUGCAGAAUCGCAUGAAUGUUCACAAUCUCGCCACUGUAUUUGGGCCAAAUUGCUUUCAUGUGCCACCCGGGCUUGAAGGCAUGAAAGAACAAGACAUCUGCAACAAGAUAAUGGCUAAAUUACUAGAAAAUUAUAAUACUCUGUUUGAAGUAGAGUAUACAGAAAAUGAAAACCAGAGAUGUGAAAACCUGGCUAGGCUUAUCAUAGUAAAAGAGGCCAGUUGUAAGAACCCCUUACCUAACAUCCUUCUGACAAAAGACUUAGAAAGUGACAUGCAAACGCCAUCUCUAAGAACCAGGAUCCCCAAAUCCAGGAGUGAGGGAUCUAUUCAUGCCCACAGAGUUCCACAGCCAGAGCUAUGUGAUGGCGUUCCUCAGGUCAGCCUGCGGCUGAGCCGUAGAAAACCCUGCUGGGAUGACAUGAAUUCGGCAGAGGAUGCUAGUGUUGCAAAGUUGGUGUCCAGACUCUUAGAAAGAACCAUCCGGUCGGCAGUAGAACAGCAUCUUUUUGAUGUUAACGGCUCUGGAGGCCAAAGUUCAGAGGACUCGGAGUCUGGGACAUCAUCAGCAUCUUCGGCCACAUCUGCCAGACAGUGCCGCCGCCAGUCCAAAGAGCAGGACGAAGCUCGACGUGGCAGAGACGUGGGACUUAUCAACAAAGAAAAUAUUCCUUCUGGGUUCACCAGCCUUGAAGAUUGUAUUUUGAAUGCUCAGGAAGUGGAAAAAUUAUAUGAAAAUUCUUCUGGUUAUAUUGGAGAAAGGGGCAAACCUAAACGUCAGAAAUCCAAUUCCAAACUUUCUGAACUCAAUGAAAAUCAAGAUGGUCUUGUGAAUAUGGAAAGCCUCAGUUCCACACCAUCUCAUGAGAGGGCUGGACCUGAUGAUGUUGAACUGAUAUCCGAUGAAAGCAAAGAAAAUGGAAAAGAUGGCAGACAUACCCAGCAUUUUGAGAGCCCCGCAAUGAAGAUUCAGGAGCGUCCCAGCAUACCUGACACCAAACUGCAGAGGACUCAAGAUGCCGAGGACCAGCAGGAGAGCUUUGUCUCCGAAGUGCCUGAGCUCGACCUGACUGCAUUGUGUGACGAGAAGAGCUGGGAAGAGCCUAUCCCUACCUUCUCAUGGCAGCAGGAGAACGUGGGCUCUGAUGAAGCACGCCUCUCCCCGCAGGCCGGGCGCCUGAUUCGCCAGCUUCUGGAUGAGGACAGUGACCCCAUGCUCUCUCCUCGGUUCUAUGCUUACGGGCAGAGUAGGCAAUACCUGGAUGACACGGAAGUGCCUCCUUCUCCCCCAAAUUCCCAUUCUUUCAUGAGGCGCCGGAGCUCCUCUCUCGGGUCCUGCGACGACGAGCGGGAGGACCUGACACCUGCCCAGCUCACUCGAAGGAUUCAGAGCCUUAAAAAGAAGAUCCGAAAGUUCGAAGAUAGAUUUGAAGAGGAGAGGAAGUACAGACCUUCCCACAGUGACAAAGCAGCCAAUCCAGAGGUUCUAAAAUGGACAAAUGACCUUGCCAAAUUCCGGAAACAGCUUAAAGAGUCCAAACUAAAGAUAUCUGAAGAGGACCUAGCCCCCAGGAUGAGGCAGCGAAGCAACACGCUUCCCAAGAGUUUCGGUUCCCAGCUUGAGAAAGAAGACGAGAAGAAGCAGGAGCUCGUCGAUAAAGCCGUAAAGCCUAGUGUCGAAGCCACCCUGGAAUCCAUCCAGAGGAAGCUCCUGGAGAAGCGGGCAGAGAGCAGCCGUCCUGAGGACAUUAAGGAUAUGACCAAAGACCAGAUUGCCAACGAGAAAGUGGCUCUGCAGAAGGCUCUGCUCUAUUACGAGAGCAUUCAUGGACGGCCGGUAACCAAGAAUGAACGCCAGGUAAUGAAGCCACUGUAUGACAGAUACCGGCUGGUCAAGCAGAUCCUGUCCCGAGCCAACACCAUACCCAUCAUUGGAUCCCCCUCCAGCAAGCGGAGAAGCCCUUUGCUGCAGCCAAUUAUCGAGGGCGAAACGGCUUCCUUCUUCAAGGAGAUAAAGGAAGAAGACGAGUGUUCGGAGGACGAUAGCAGCACAAAGCCGGACUUCACAGUCACUCUGAAGACCGAUUUCAGUGCACGCUGCUUCCUGGACCAAUUUGAAGAUGAUGCCGAUGGGUUUAUUUCCCCGAUGGAUGAUAAAAUCCCGUCAAAAUACAGCCAGGACACCGGGCUCUCCACCCUCCAUGCUGCUUCAAUACCGGAACUCUUGGAACACCUUCAGGAAAUGAGAGAAGAAAAGAAAAGGAUUCGAAAGAAACUUCGUGAUUUUGAAGACAAUUUUUUCAGACAAAAUGGAAGAAAUGUCCAGAAAGAAGACCGCACUCCCAUGGCUGAAGAAUACAACGAAUAUAAGCACAUAAAGGCGAAACUCAGGCUCUUGGAGGUGCUUAUCAGCAAGAGAGACACUGAUUCCAAGUCCAUGUGAGGGGGACAGCCCCAGCCUGAGCACUGGGGGCUGAAGGUGCAGGCUGAGCUUGCCACCCGCCUCCCCUAGUAAAUAGCAGCUCUGCAAAAACUGGAAGGGAGCCCUGGAGCUGGACCUGCAAAGCAUGUAGCCCUCCCACCUCUGGGCCUUUGGGAUCGGCUCCAGUGUCCGGUGCCGGCCUCAGAACUGCCUAGAGGGAAGAGGGCAACCUGCCUUGAUUUAAGGGUUUUGUAAGGAAAAGUCAAGAUCCCUCAGGUGCACGUAGACACUAGGGGAAGCUUUAGUAACGCUGGCAGUGGUGAGUCACUACAUGGAGACACACUCAUCUACAGAGAAUAUACACUGUCCUUCCCCGGAUAACUGAGAAACAUGUCUAACUGUGAUUAAAACCCAGCUCAGGACUUCAGUCUGGAGAGCGAACUUGCUAUGCAGGUCCACGUUCUCUUUGCACCCAGUAAAGUGGGAACGUGCGUCGGAGCCCUGUUUGCUGCCUCGGCCACGCUCGUGACUGGGCCACAGAGCUGCACCCUCGGUUCUCAGGUAGACGGCAGCCGCACCUGCCCAGCGCGGCGGCCCAGUCAGCUGUUGGAUGGUGUGUUGCUUCAAGACUUCCUCCGCUGACGAAGAAUUGUGAUUCCUGACUAGGACUGGAUCAUCUGCAGAGGACAGAGGGACUACAGCUGUAUUCAUGCUGAUUUUUCAAUCCGGCAACAGGGUGAAGAGCCUGCAAAAUUCCUUCCUGAACAUGGUUUGCACUUAGUCUCAGAUUUUCACAUCGAACACUAAGCAAGGCCAGCGUGCUAUGGGAAACUGUUUGGAGUUGGUUUCAUUUUGGCUCCAGCCAAACAUAAAGGAUCUUGCUUAAAUCUUAGCUUAAGUGUUGAUCAUGAGAGAGAGAGAGAGAGAGAGCCUGCGUUCUAAGCCUUCUGAGUACUUACCAGAGUUUAAAGUUUUUUUUAGAAGUAACCUGCACUAAAAUCCCACUGCUGAGGUAGAAAUGUAGCCCUCAGAACUCAGCCCAAGGCAGAAUCGAAAUCACACUUUUCAAGAUCGUGUAUAAAGAGAAAAAUAAUGGUGUGUGGUCACUUAUGAUUAUAAUUUUUUCAGAGACUGUGUCACAGAGCUGUCUAUAUUAGACAUUUUGGGAAGACCAGGGAAUUUAAAACACCAAAUCAUUCAUCUCUUCACUGUGCUGAUGUCACCUUGUGAUAUGUUGUUACUUUUUCACCUUCUGUGUCCGCACCGAGGAAAGUGAAUUCUGUCUCUGCCCGUCCUUCCAAGGCCUAGGUUCGCGCUUUGUGAGGUAGGGCUCAAGUGUCUGCACACCAGCCACCGGUGGCCAAGAGAAGGCAUCUCGGCAGUAUGGCCUCUCGAAGACAACGUCACUGGAUGAGCAGGAAAGCAAGGCUGCCCUCCUCUCGGGUUUGAGCGUUGCCUUCUUAAAGGGAACCAUUUCGUUUGGUUUGAUAAGAAGAAGAAAAUGAAGAGAGCGUAAAACUCUACUGACCAGUUGUCAGCUUCGAGAUGGGUUCUUGAGGAGCUGGUCAGAUGGGAUCUAUAGCAGUGUUUUCCAUUGCUGAAGUGAGGCAGAAGCUGUCGGCUGAAGGCUGUUCUAAGUCGGGAGUAGGAGGAAAAGAAUACCUUAAGUUUGCUCUUACAAAUAAUCAUAUAGAAGCUCAGCUGUUCUAAGUCGGGAGUAGGGGGAAAAGAGUACCGUAAGUUUGCUCUUACAAAUAAUCAUAUAGAAGCAUGAGCUAUGUGUUGGAGGUGCCCUGUGCUAAUCCACACAUUUAAAGACGGUACAUAAUCCUACAAAUUUAAAUGUACAUGAAUAUAUAGUUUGGUAUUCUUUGCUCUACUGUUUACAUUGCAGAUCACUAUAAUUUCAAGGAGUUAUAUUAUGAAUAAAAUUAAGCACUUUAGGACGUUUUCUAUUUUUGAAAUCUGAACAUGAAUCAUUCACAUGACCAAAAAUUGUAUUUUUUAAAAGAAAUACAUGUCUAGUCUGUCCUUUUUGAGUAAUUAUUCUCUCAAAUAAGCUAUAAUAUAAAUCAAAUCAUUACCAGUUAACCUUUAAAGCACAUCUGUUUAAUAAGAGUGUUGUUUUGAAAAUACUAAUAUGCUACAGAAUUUUAAAAGAAAAAAUGCUAUAUAAAUGAGGAGCUCUUAAAUGUUUAAAAUCUAUUGUUUCUGCCAAAGGUAAAUUAAGUAAAAGGUUUAUCCAGGACUCCCCAUUCCAAUUUGUGUGAUUGAAUAAAACAAAACACCAAGUUACAGUCAAAUAAAUUGUGUAUGGAAUGUCAUGUUCUCCUUUGUAAUUUCUAAUCUAUAGUAACUUCACAGAGUGGCACCCAGAUUAAGGGCGGAGGAGCCCUGUUUAUGCUGGGUCCUAUCUGAAGACAUGGCUGGAGGUUCUGGGCCUGCCAGAAAUGCUGAGGCAAACUUGUUUCCACAGCAACCAUUUCUGCAGCCCAGGGUCUCCAGGCCCUAGAGGCUGCGUCUUAAUUGGCUUCACACAGAAUACUCUGGACUGGAGUUUUUCCUUUGCUCUCUUGGGAAUGUGUGUGUGUGUUUAUUAGCUCACGCCAACAAAAUAAAUGUCAGGGGUUAUUUAAUAACAAUGAUAAGUAAAGGUAAAGCAUGAAUAAACUUGAUUGUAUGAUUGUAAGAAUUAGAAAUAGCGAGGCUUAUAAUUUCCACAAGCAUUUGCUUUCUGUGUUCAGUCUGGAGUAAACACUGAAAUAGAUGUUUAUGUUGGGUCGGUAUGGUAUCAUUACUGCAUUUCAUCUCUGAAUCGCUCAGUUUGAAUUUCACUUUUCCGACAUGUAUGUGCAAGGUUUAGGAGAAGGGCCUGCUUAGAAGUUUUUCAGAUGGCUGCUUUGUCUUGUACUGGUAGAAGUAAGUUCACACCACCUCCGUGAUCUCCCUGAAUUCAGGGGAAAUUUCCAUGGAAGACCAAACCAGAUUUCAAACUGGGGAACUAAUUUUUUUUUUUUAAAUUACUAGCUGUAAUGCAUUGGGGGCUAAAAAUUAGAUUUCUUCCCUCUAGUUGCCAGUUUGAAGUCAGAAGUUUAUGAUUAAUUGCUAGGCGGGGCUCAGCCACAUCUCUAUUUGUAACGUUGGUGUAAUUUUUGCUUCGUCUCAUUCUGAUGCAAUGCUUACAUGGUGGCAGGAGAGGCUGUUUCAGGGUGCGUCUGCUCCCAGGGGUGGCAUUUCUAGCCCUGGACAAAUGUCACAAUGUUGUGCAUAAAUCAUAAGUAUUGCACUGAGCUGUCCUGAGGCGAGCCGUCUUGGAUCCCCUGAGGGCUGAGCAUUUGUGAAUGUGGUUGAGCUAGGAAUUCCUAAUAAGGUGACUAUCUAGGCUGAUAAAAGGGCCCGCCGUGGUACCAAUCACGUUGGUUCUUUCUGGAACUUCCUACUUCUCAACAGACAGAAUUGGGCCCAGUAUACAGAACUGGUCUGAUUUACAAGGAAAAUCAGAUUUCAGUUUGUUGAUUAACCUUUUCAAAGGGAUUCUUAAUCUGAUCAUGAAGAUGCCACUUUUCUGAACCUUACUACUUUCGGUGGUAUAUUUAUAGUCGAAUGCCAUGAACUAUCAACUGCUUUAUAAAAACGUUCACUGUAGUCUAAAUUCUCUCUUGCACUCAAGAAGGAUUGUCCUGACACACUCCUUCCUGGAUGGUGUUUUUCACCACUAGGUGGGGGGAGGUGGUUUCUGCACCAAGACCAGCAUCUCCUUUAUGUUCUUUUUCAGUAUCCACUUGGUUACAUCAAUAGGGAGAGACAAAACCAUACUAAAGUGUGAAGCCUGUAUGUGCGGCAGAACUCACAAUGUGCUUUCUUUCCUUUUAUUCCCUUUUAUUUUUUCUCCACUUGACCCUCAAAAUGUACUGAAGAGUACAUUUUGUCAUAAGACUAGCUACAAAUAUUUCCAAAUGUCUAUUCAGAUCGUGCAUCCUAACCCUUCACAUGGUCAACGCAACAAGCUCCCAACAAGAGUGAUGUGUGUGGCAGGCACAGCCCGGUGUCACUGGCCACUUUGCAGAGUAGAGAUUGUGACCCUGUGGGCACCUGCAUUCUUCUAUGAUCCUUCGUAAUAGAAGUGUGGACAUCGGCUGAGAUCAGAGAUCUACACGGGUGUGUAUGUAAAAUGAAAUAUGUACAUCUCCAGGUUCCUGUGGCUGUGACAUUGCCGUUACGUCUCCAGAGACUCGCUCUGCCUGACGUCCGCCCCGUUGUGCUCAUGCGUGUGGCUCCAGAAGUCGGUCUGGCAGAUGUGAUUCCCAGUCUGAAACACCUACACAUACGGUCCUGAAAAUCUCCAAGAGUAGAUACAAUUUUAGUUAAUAAUAUGGGCCCAGAACAAUGUUUACACGACAUGUAAGCAGAACGUAUUUGAAAUUACAGUUGUCCUUUUUUAAAAUGUAAACUGAAUGGAAAAUGUGUACAUUUUUGUACAUGACUGUAUUUUGUAUAAACUUAAAUAAAAUAUUUUUA